GUUCCUUUUGUGCCUUGUUCAUCACCUUUGCUUUCAUUGCCAUCGUCUCUGUUCUUUCUUUUUUCUACACUCUGUUUGGUUCAGGGGAUAAAAGGGAAGAGUAAGAAAAAGAAAUCUAUAGGAAUGACUAAUCAACAAAAUGUGGUGGCUGUUGACGUGAAAUCGCUUGGUUUAAGAAACUUAUUACCACCAGUGACCAAAUCCUUAUCACCAACAGAACUUAAGAUGUUAUUCAUGAAGAGGUUUGAAGCUGAAAAAGGAGAUAACAAAAUCAAUGGUUUGGUAGAUUCCAUGAGAGCUUCUUCACCUACCCGUAUCAAGUCUUCUUCUCCUUCCAUUGUCCAUCAUCCUUCAGCUUUGAGUAUGUUAGAGCAAAUAGUGGGUGCUUCCAAAGGAAAACAGAUUGUGAUGUUUUUGGAUUACGACGGCACACUUUCACCUAUUGUUGAAGACCCGGAUCAAGCUUUCAUGUCCACAGAGAUGAGAGCAGCUGUAAGGGAUGUUGCUAGAUAUUUUCCAACAGCAAUAGUGACCGGAAGGUGCCGAGACAAGGUUUACAGCUUUGUAAAAUUGCCUGGCCUUUACUAUGCGGGUAGCCAUGGUAUGGACAUCAAGGGACCAUCUAAAAGAUGCAAAAACAAGAAAGUAAGAAGAUCAGUGUUGUACUUUUUUGCAAUUACAUUUGCUUCUUCGUUGUUUCCUUGUGUGUGUGUAUGUGGUUCUAAUUUUCUCUUAUUUUUUCAGGGUAACCCGGGAAUUCUUUUCCAACCUGCCAGUGAAUUCUUGCCCAUGAUUGAUGAGGUUUAUAAAGCAUUGGUAGAGAGAACAAAAUCGAUUGGGGGAGCCAAGGUGGAAAAUAACAAGUUUUGUGUCUCCGUACACUUUCGACGUGUUGAUGAAAAGAGUUGGGGUGCCUUGGCUGAACAAGUUAGAUCAGUACUCAACCAGUACCCUAAGCUUAAACUAACUCAAGGGAGGAAGGUAUUGGAGAUUCGCCCAACCAUCAAGUGGGACAAAGGAAGAGCCCUUGAAUUCUUAUUGGCGGCACUAGGAUAUGGCAAUUCAAAUGAUGUUUUACCCAUCUACAUUGGCGACGAUCGAACUGAUGAAGAUGCAUUCAAGGUUUUACGUGAUAGAGGACAAGGGUUUGGGAUUCUUGUUUCCAAAGUACCCAAGGAAACAAAUGCUUCAUAUACUCUCCAAGAACCAUCUGAGGUUAAAGAGUUUUUGAGGCGUUUGGUGGAUUGGAAAAAAUAUGCACAAGGAGGAGGAGCAGCACCCUAAGUUGCUUAGACAUAUACAGAGACAAGAAAUUUGAAUACCACCCUCCUACUUGUUUGAUUAAAGGGUGGAGGAAUAUGAAUUAGUUAAUUAAUUAUGUAUCUUUCUCGUUUAGAGAGAGUUUCUAAUUGUAAUUAACUACCAAUUUCUGAGGCUGUAAUUGAUUAAAAUGAGAAGAAUUAGAAUAAUUCCAUAAUUUUGAAACUUUUUUCUCA